CGUCUUACCUCGCGCACAUAACAAAAUAUCUAAUCCUUUCUAUAUAUGUCGGUCAUUGCAACAUAUCUUCUUUUCUUCUCUUUGCUUUUCCCCUCUGGCGAUUGUAAUUGCGAUUCUUUGUAACGUUUCCUUCCCAUCUACUUCACAAUCGAUUCCUCUUCUGAUUAUAAAAUUCUCUCAGAUUUCUGUUUCUUCUUCUUAAAUUUCUUUUACGAUUUGUUUCCUGGUGUUUGAGGCGUUAGGAUUGAUUGGAUAGUGAAUUUCGUUGCUUGGAGGAGCUCGGGAUUUUGAAUCUACCGGCAGUAAUCUUGAAAUUUCUUUUAUAUAUUCUCAUUGGACGAAGAUUUUUUACGCUUCUCGAUGUCAAACCCUAGAAAAGAAGAAUCGAUUGCCAGGAACGUUAACGAUGGCGCCGAUCGUGACAACGUUGAAGAAUUCGGGGACUCGUCUCGUGUUGGCGGUGCCUCUCCGAAUGUUAUUGAGGUUUCUGGAGGUUCGCAUGCUUCGACGAGGGAGAUUAAUCUUACGGAGCGGCUGACUGAUAUAAUUGUUGAUGAAGGAGAUGGCGAUCUGUUGCUUCAACAGAGCGAUCGGGAAGAUAGGGUUAUACGGUGGCUUCAGGCGCUAGAUAUGCAAGUUAUGGGCGCUUGUCGGGCUGACGAAAGGUUGAAGCCGUUGUUGAAGAUGACUACGUCUUGCGGCAUAGCGGAAGAUCGUCUUCUUGCUCAAUUGAGUCAGCAUUUCGAACCGGUUGAAGUCGGCAUUCUAGCGAGAUGUUUCUGUAUACCUCUCGUCUCUAUUCGUGUUGGAAAAAUUGAAAAGCAAGGAAGCCUCCUUUGCCCUACGUCCUCUAGGGGAAACUUAAAUCUAAUGGUUGUACCAUCAUCCGACUUUCGGCUCUCAUUCAUUGGGGACAAUGGUCAAGUAAAGAGACUAUUCACUCUGAGUAGCAGAUCGUCAAGUGCUUCCAUUACGAUCGAGGAGAUUGCAUCUGAUAAUUCUGGCCGUUCAUUUGUUAUCAAAGCGAAUGAUCAAAAUAUCUACUUUUGGUGCUCAGAGAAAUCAAAGCUCUUGGGAACAGAACUACUUGUGAAGAUGAAAGAUUUACUGCAGAGAAGGCCCUCUAUUUCUGAAUUAACUGGAAUCAGUGAAUCACGUCUUGGUUGCUUUGCAACACGCCUUCGUGCCUAUCUCGUGGAGUCAACUGUUGCUAACCACCAUCCGGCAAGUUCUGCAGACUCACACUCUUCAGCAGACAACACUAGAGAACCAUCUCAUUCAUCAUCUCAUUUUGGACAAUCAUCUGCAUCAUCAAAAUCUAUGCGGUCAAGGUAUUCCAGUAGUCCAGCCAUUAAAGCAAAUUCUGCACACCAGGGAAGUCUUAGCCCCAGGUUGAAUUCCUUUAAAGAAGGCCUGCCUAAGACGUUGCUUUCUCUGAGAGAUGCCGCUAGGGAAAAAUUCAGGAGGCGUGGAGAGAACUUGGCUUUAGACAACCAUAUUGUAGCAUCGUCAAUUUCCACUGAUGCAUUUUGUGUUAAUUCUGAAACUCAAACCGCUGAUUCAAAUUGCCCAUCAUCUCCAACAAGCUUUUUGGAAUCAUUGGGAAAAUUAGCCACUCCAAUUACUGGAAGUUCAUCUCAUGCUCCUUGUGUGGUUUCACCUCUCUUUACUCCAUACUAUUGCUGGUGUCCGGGUGCAUCCUCAAUUCUGCAGCGAAGGGAAGAACCUUCUCAACUUCCCAUCCCAUCCGUCACUGCAUCUUCUCUUCCGCCAUUUCCUUCGCUGUUACCAGCCUCUACACCAUCGAACUUAUCGGUCCCAAUAUCACCUUUAAAUCUAGUUGAUUCUCCGUCGGUGGAUUUUCCUGCACUAUUUCCAGAUCCACUGGUUCGUUUGCCUCUGAAGACCUCUCAGCAGAUCCCGACCUUCACACCUUUGUUCUGCGACCCUAUUGUUCAUGUUCCUGUAAUUGAUGUUUGCUCCUCGGGUCCAGGCUACCUUGUUAGUGCUGGUCCUACCAUUUCAACCUCCAUUCCACCACUGCAUCCUAAACUCGUGAAUCCAAUGAUACCUGCUACUGAUGUGGAAAAGGAUGCUAGGGAGACACUGCGUCUUCUCAUCAGCAGUUCAAGCCAGGGUAACUCUCAAUUGAUGAACGUUCUUCCUGUUGUUCUAACGGAUUCUGAAGCAAAUCAAAGUUUAUUUUUGACUGGAAGUCGUGGUCUCUACAGUAGUGCUCGAGAUAUUGAUGCAAUAGCAAGCAGCAUUGCUUCUCUAGGCAUUGUGUCACUUUCAGGGCAAUCCACAAGUGAGCAUGUAGGGAAAAGAUUCAAUGUUGACGGUUUGAACGGGCAUUCGGAUAACAGCAGUGAAUCAGAAAGUAGCUCUUGUUUGGAUGAUGUGCUUUCCCCAUCUCAUUCCGACGAAAGGAAGUCUGGUUGAUAGAAAUUUUACGUUCAUACAUUCAUUUCUUCUUUUGUAGAUCUUGGUCACAUUUGUUGCCAUCUGCUAAUAUGUAGAUAUGUUCCCUUUUGUAUUCCGAGUUAUAGUUAGUUUAGUUCUUCACCAAAAGAGGUUGGUGAGUUCGUUUUUCGUUUUUGUUCUGUACGUCCCUAGUUUUAUAUUGCUUUAGUGUAUGGUUGUGUUUCAUUUCCGGAAAAUGCCUCCUGAUUUCGUUCUA